AUGCCUCCAACGGACUCUGUUUCUCUUCCUGCCUCUGGUUUGGACAGUUCUCAUAACGUUCAGAUGAACAAGGAUCAUGUGCUUAAUAUGUCUCCAAGACCUUCUUGCCUUCGGAAUCACAAUUCGUCUCUGGACAAGACGCCAAGCACCCGGGGAUUGGACAAAAAACAAAGCUUCAACUCGAGCUCGUCUGUGGUUUCAAAUGUCAAGACUGUGUCUAAGUCUUCAGCUGAGCUGGUGAAAGAAAUUGCCACACUUGAGGUUGAAAUAGUUCAUUUGGAGCGUUAUCUUCUCUCUCUAUACCGGACGGCUUUUCAGCAGCAUCUCCCGAGGAUAUCGAGCAACCAUGCUGAACAAGUGAGUGGAAGAUCUCAUGGGACUAUUAUUACAUCCGAACAACCGUCUCCAAAACUGAAAAUGCAAACGGCAGAAGAAUGUAAAGCCCGUCUGAGUCAAAGCUCACCUACAAGUUCUCUAACUGGCCCAAAAGAUUCGGUUCGAGAUUCGAUUCCCAAGUCGUCAUCAGGAAGUGGAAAGCAGAGUUUUUAUUCCGAGCACCGUAGCCUGGCAGACCACCUUGGGAGUUCUUGCAUGGAUGAUGCCCGAAUUUGUCCCGAUCGGUUGUCUGAAGACAUUAUAAGAUGUGUAUCUUCGAUUUAUUGCAAAUUAGCUAACCCUGCCCUUGCUUACAAGGGAUGCUCGGUUUCUUCUACUUCGUCAUUUUGUUCGUCAAGCACAUUUUCUCCGAGAAAUUUUUCCGGCAGCUGGAGUCCUCCGGGUAACGACGAGGUUACGGAAAAUUGUGAUUUUGAAGGCCCAAAACAAGGAAACGGGCCGUAUACUGCAAUGGUAGAGGUGCUGAGGAUAGGCAUAGACGAUGAAAGUUAUAGUUAUGCUGCUAAUAUGCUUCAGAAAUUCAGAUCUCUUGUGAAGAGCCUCGAGAUUGUUGACCCGAUGAAGAUGAGGCGUGAAGAGAAGCUUGCAUUCUGGAUCAAUAUUCACAACGCCUUAGUGAUGCAUGCUUAUUUGGCAUAUGGAACUCAAAACUAUAUCAAAAGUGCUUAUAUUUUGAAGGCUUCGUAUAACGUGGGCGGGCAUUGCAUAAAUGCAUAUGACAUACAAAGCUCCAUUUUAGGAAUCAGAUCACACUAUUCUGCACCGUGGCUCCAAACACUUUUAUAUCCUGGAAAGAAGUUCAAGACUGGGAAUACUAAACAUCCUUAUGCCAUUGAAUACUCUGAACCACUCGUUCAUUUUGCACUUUGCUCUGGUGCAUACUCAGAUCCAGCGGUCCGGGUGUACACUGCAAACAACGUAUUUCACGAUCUGAAUGUUGCUAAAGAAGAGUUCAUACAAGCUACGGUUUACGUUCAUAAGGAAAGCAAGAUAUACCUGCCCAAGAUACUUUGCUAUUAUGCGAAAGAUAUGUCGAUGGGGAUGGCAGCACUGUUGGAAGUGGUUAGCGGAUGUGUGACGAGCAUUCAGCAAAAGGCUAUAAAGACAUGUGUGAAGGGAAGGCCUGAAAAAUAUGUGUAUUGGUUGGAGCAGAGUUCGUCUUUUCGUUAUCUCAUCCAUAAGGAAAUAGCUGAAACGAGAUGGGGUGCUUGA